UGAUGAUUUCAAGUUCUAUUAACUUUUUCUGAACUGCUUAGUUAUUUCCAAUGCGGAGACUGCCUAGUUGUGUCUGAUAGCCUGCAGCCGAUAUGGGGGAGAUUACCAAGCUACUUAUUUCCAGUUGUCAGGUGGUACCGAGAAAUACCUACAGUGGAUGCGAUUGAAGGACUUGUAUUGAUAAAUUUGUUAAAUUGGCUACCAUACAACAUCCAUAUUCUCAAUCUGAGGAAAGAUUUAGUGAAAUGGCAAGUAAACCUCAUGUCUUGGUCAUUUCAUUCCCAGUGCAAGGCCACAUAAAUCCCAUGUUACAAUUCUCCAAGCGCCUAGCUUCCAAAGGCCUCAUGGUCACUCUAGCGGCCACUAGCACCAUAAGCAAGUCGCUUAUUGCAGAACACGACGGACCCGUGAAAAUGGUGUCGAUUCCUGAUGGCUCACAAGGUUUAUCUACCCAACAAUGGGAUAGUUCAUUAGCUGAAUCGAAAGAAGCAUCAGACGACGACUCACCAGCAGCGAGAUGGGCUCGUUACCAGCCUGCUGUUUCACAGGGUCUGAUUGAGCUGAUUGAGAGACACAACAAGGAAUCACCAUGCAACCAAUUCAGAGUUCUGAUAUAUGAUUCAAUGAUGCCGUGGUGUCUGGACAUAGCGCAUCGACUGGGGCUUAAAGGAGCUUCGUUUUUCACUCAAUCUGGUACUGUUUCUUUGCUCUAUCAUCAUGCACAUGUGGGGACUUUGCAGCUUCCGUCUGAUGGAACAGUGGUUUCAGUGCCUCAACUGUCGGUUCCGCUUGAGGUUCGGGAUUUGCCAUCGUUUAUCUACGACACCGGCGCAAAUCCUGCCAUUGUGAAAACUGUGACUGAUCAGUUUUCGAAUUUUAAGCGAGCUGAUUGGCUUCUUUUUAAUACUUUUGACAAGUUGGAGGAUCAAGUUGUAAAGUGGAUGGCAGAGCAAUGGAGUAUCAAGACUAUAGGACCAGCCAUUCCCUCAAUGUACACAGACAAAAGAAUAAGCAAUGACAAAGAGUAUGACCUUAAUCUCUUCACAUCAAAUCAACACACUUGCAACAACUGGCUGGACUCAAACAAGGCAGGCUCAGUAGUGUAUGUAUCUUUUGGUAGCAUUGCCAAUCUGAAAGAAGAGCAAAUGACAGAACUAGCAUUUGGCCUCUCAAACAGCAACCUUUCCUUCUUAUGGGUGAUCAGGGCUUCGGAAGAGACUAAACUUCCCAUGGAUUUCCUGUCUGCAGGAUUACAAAGCCGGUGCUUGAUAGUGAACUGGUGCUCACAGCUUGAGGUUUUAUCUCAUCAAGCCGUGGGGUGUUUUAUGUCUCAUUGUGGAUGGAACUCAAUGCUUGAGGCGUUGAGCUUAGGAGUUCCCAUAGUGGCAAUGCCUCAAUGGACUGAUCAAACUACAAACGCCAAAUUUAUAGCGGAUGUUUGGCAAGUAGGGGUUCGAGUUGAAGUUGAUGAGAAAAAACAAGUUGCUACAAGGGAAUCUAUAGAGGUGUGUUUGAAGGAAGUGAUGAUGGAAGGAGAGAAAAGAAACCAACUCAAAGUCAAUGCUUUGAAGUUUAAGGAACUUGCCAGGGUUGCUAUAGAUCAAGACGGAAGCUCUGAUAACAACAUCUCUGAAUUCAUUUCAAGCAUUUGAACUGGUAAAAUAGAAUUAAAGCGAGCAAUAAGUUGUUUCAUAUAUUUGCCCUUAUGGUAACAAAAUUUCCAAGUACCAUCGCCAUCAGAGGCAACAUGAACCAGACAAUCACAUGUAACUGAUCCAAACAUUUUUCGUGUCAAACACUCUCAUUAUUCCAAAACAAA